AAGGCGAUCAUCCACGGCGUACAGACGUUGCUGGUGUUCAUCGCAGGAUGUCUGACCCUCGCUGUCAUGGCAAAGUCUUAUGGACAUGGAGGCGAGACAAAAUACUACUUUGCAUUGUGCUUCUUCACGCUCCCGGCUGUGGCAUUCCAAGUCGUGGUGCCAUUAUGGUCUCGGGCGUGGAGAUUCUGCAAUGUCUACGCAUUCGCAACGAUCGAUCUCCUCUUCUGCAUCCUCUGGUUCGCGGCGGCCAUCGCAGUAGCGGUGUGGAAUGCCUCGGAGGUCACCACCAAAGAAAAGCCGAAAAAUGAAGCCACACCCAAACGAGACGACACCAAAGAGACGAAUCCGACCAAAGUCCUCGCAUGUGGAAGCGAAAACAUAUGCAAGGUCAGCAAAGCCACCGUGGGAUUCGCUGUUGUUCUGUUCUUCCUCUUCGCGGCUGCCAGCUACCUCUCCAUCUGCGCGCUGAUCGAGUACCGCAAAACCGGCGUGAAGCCUCAUUCCACUUCCAAC